CAAAAGAGCUGGCAGUUUUGCAGGAUUGACUGUAUUUAUGAAGAAAUUAAAUAAAAUGUGUGGACAAUCUGGGAAACCUUCUUCUCCAAAUGAAAAUCAUAUUAAUGAACAAAUUGAAGAAGGUACCAAACAACGGUCUGGAGCCUUAAAAAGGAUAAGAAAAUAUUUUAUGUGCACCCUCCUCCCUAACUCUAGAUCAAGGAGUCCAAUAAAUGAGAUCAAUAUAAACAAUGAAAGCAUAACAGCGGAAACAAUAAAAGAGAACAUUUUGCAGAAAAGAUACGAAGACGCCAGCAAGGAUCUGAUUACAUUAGAACAUAAUAUUUGCAAGUUGAUCGAUGAAAAACAACGUGAAGAAAAGGAGCGACAGCUGGAGAUGCUCUAUGAACAAUUGGAAAAUGAGGUCUUCCAAGUAAUAAAAAAAUCAAUAACACAAGCAGAUUUAUUGGAGCAAUCAGUGAAGGCAAUUCUAAAACAGGACGCAGAAGACUCUCUUUAUAUUGAAAACAGUGGUAACUUAAUCACUAACAUUGGGCGGCCAAGGAAAUGGAGACAGAAAUGGAAGAAUUUUGUAAAGCUAUCAGUGCAGGACAGAAUGAGCCAAAUUCCUGACCCUUCCCCUGGCACCUAUCAGUCCUCUUUCUCACACACAUUAGCCUACUUAGGAAGGACCUGCAAAAAUGAUCUCAUCCACGUGGUGGAAGCUCUCAAACAAUAUUACCCAGAUGAAUUUGAUGUAUGCAAUACGUAUGCGCAGUAUUAUCACCAGGAGUUAAAAUCUCACAUGAGCAUUGCUGAAGAUUUUGAACUUGGAGGAAAAGAUAUCCAUCUUCUUCUGUGUUGGGUCUUUAACAUAUAUCCAAAAGAGAUACUAAACGAUGCAGCUUUAGUCAGACACAUAGACUUGACCAACCUAGAGCCUCUUUUGUCAGAGAAAAAGAUCAGAGAUUUUGAGGAAUAUUAUUUGCCUUAUGAAGUGAAUGCUGUGCAGAACUGGAUGAAUAAAAGUUUAGAUCUGGAAUUUGAACGCUGGAAGGCAGGGAAAGAACCUGUGACCUUGGGAGAAUAUUAUCAUUCAGAGCUACAAAUAGAUGUCAUCCAGAAUUACAAUGGAGGUCUCAAAAGAGCCGAAGAAAUCAGACCAGAACUAUCUAAAGAAAUUAGUCCUCUCCUGGCAAAGGAAUUGGAGGCGUUCUUAAGAAGAUACAAGAGCUUAUUUGAAGAAUAUAAAGAAAAAAACAAAACCCAGCAAUUUUUUAAGGCUAUUGUCAUUGCCAAUAUAAACUGCUGCAGGAACUUUCAGGACUAUAUCAAUGGAAGGGUCAUUGAUUUAGAACCUGAGAUGAAGCAAAAUAUGAAUUUAACCUUACAGGAUUUUGAGACUCUAGCAAAUGACAUUCUACUUCAGGAUCUGUUUCUAGAGUUAAAGGAUCCUUUCAGAAUGCUUUCCAAAGGAAACAGUCUCUGUGAAGACAAAACCAUUAAGGAAAUAAUGAAAAUUACAAAAAAACAUGUUUCCCCAUAUAGAACUUUAAUGCGUCCUUGUUAUCAGAAUAUGAUGGGAAAGGUCCACAGACACCUGGUUCAGGAAUAUGUCACCAGGCUUCUAAAGAAGAAAGUGAGCUUUAAAAAGGAUAAUGAGCAACAGAAUCUAGCUACACAAACCCACAGAAAUGCAGAUCUGAUCAAUGACUUCUGCUCUGAGUCAAAUACUUCUUGGCUGAACCCUCUAAUCCACCAACUCGCAGAAAUCAUUAGCCUUAAGGAUGUAAAUGCUAUUCAAGUUGAAGUUGCUGCCCUUGCUUACGAUUUUCCUGAUAUUGAGAAAAAGCACAUUGAAGCUCUUUUACACAUUAAAGGGGACCUUCGCAAAAAGGAUGCAAAUUCUAUUGUACAAAUGCUGAACACCAAAACCCCAGAAAAUAAACAUACAAACCCGCCAUUUUUCUCAUUAAUUAAAGCACGUUGAUUAUUUCUGGCAACGCAACUUCUUUUUUUUUUCUUGUGGUUACUGUAUUUCUCUUUUCAUUUAUGGAACUAUGUUAGAGUGACCAUUGUCCAGACACUUCUAACAUUGCAGGCUUGUUUUAAAGCUAAAUGUGUAAACCAUUCAAGUACAGUCCAAUUUACCUAAAAUCUGUUCAGGUUUCAUUAUUCUACCAUAUGAUGGAAAGUACAUCCAAUUCGGCCUUGAUUAUUUUUGAAUAUUUUCUGUUUUUAUUUGUUAACAUUUCAAAAUGACAGCAAAUUAGCUAUGCGGAUUCUGUUAUAAAAUGUGAAAUGUGAUAUUUUUUUAUGACCUCAGAAGUUUAUGUAACAUAAAUAUGUCUCUAUUUAUUUAUGGGGUUUUUUUUACUUGUUUAUAAUUUAUUCUCAAACUCAUAAAAAUGUAUAGUUUUGUGUGAUGUUAGAAUUGCAUUGCCGAAAUGUAACUUAAUGUUGUAACUUUAUAAUAGUUACAUUGUUACAUACAUUCAAAGCUUCCUAAGUAAGCAUUUCUAAAAUACUGUAUCCUCAUCUUGCUUAAUGUAUUUUUUUAUGUUAAUGAAAAACUUUUGUUUUUUUAUGUUCUGUGAAGUCAUUUCAAACAUACGGCUAAGUUAUAUUUAGCCAUUUAUUAAUGUUUCACGCAGUAUUUAUUUCUUGUUUUUCACAUAAAAUUUACAAACCUUUCCAAUGGAAAA